UUGUUUGCCAACUGUGUGAGGAGAGUCACAUUAUUAUCAAAUGUUGCAUCUAAAGAUUAGGCAAAGAGCAAAGAUUAAAAAAAAAAGUUUGGAGAAAAAACAGAGAGGGAGGGAAACAUCAGAUAAGCAAAUAGCCAAUUAGAUAUUUACAACCGGUGGCAUAUACAUUUGUGACGGAGCUUUAAAACGGCAUCGGAGCAGGAAGUUAGGGCUGUGCUGUCAACCAUCACCCACCGUCCACAUCUCGCGGGUUUCUCUUCGGGGCAGAAGAGUUUAAGAAAGAUGACUGACGCCGAAACCAGGAAUCAUCGCGAGCAGCGAAACGGGGAUGCCAUGACGGAAACCUCUACUGCGGACGAUGUUUUUGAUGACACCUAUAAGGAGAAAGUGGGCAAACCGCCGAGGAUAUUUGUGUGGAGGAAUAUCACGCUGAUGACUCUCCUGCAUGUCGGUGCGCUUUAUGGAGUGCUUCUCGUCCCUUCCGCGUCGUGGUCAACUCUUGUUUGGACUGUAGUGUGCUACCUCAUCAGUGCUCUUGGAGUGACUGCUGGUGCACACAGAUUAUGGAGCCACAGGUCUUAUAAGGCUUCUGUUCCAUUGCGAGUCUUCCUUGCUCUUGCCAACUCCAUGGCAUUUCAGAAUCAUAUCUAUGAGUGGGCAAGGGAUCACCGUGUCCACCACAAGUACUCUGAGACAGAUGCAGACCCCCACAAUGCCACACGGGGGUUCUUCUUCUCCCACAUCGGUUGGCUGCUUGUUCGGAAACAUCCUGAUGUCAUCGAAAAGGGACGAAAGCUGGAGCUGGCAGACCUGAGGGCAGAUCCCGUGGUGAUGUUCCAGAAACGGUACUACAAACUGUCUGUGGUGCUGCUUUGCUUCCUUGUACCUAUGUUCGUGCCCUGGUACUUCUGGGGUGAGACCUUAAAGGUGGGAUACUUCGUUCCUGGGCUCCUGAGGUAUACAGUGGUGCUCAAUGCGACCUGGCUGGUCAACAGUGCCGCACACAUAUGGGGCAACAGGCCAUAUGACAAGGGUAUUAACCCCAGGGAAAACCCUCUUGUUGCCCUCAGUGCCGUAGGGGAAGGCUUCCACAACUACCAUCACACGUUUCCCUUCGACUAUGCUACAAGUGAGUUUGGCUGCAAGCUCAAUAUCACAACUGCCUUUAUAGAUCUCAUGUGCUUCAUGGGUUUGGCCAAAGAUUGCAAGAAAGUCUCAAAGGAAAUGAUCACCGCUCGCGUACAGCGUACUGGUGAUGGCAGCAACAAAAGUGGCUGAGUCAGAUGUGCCUCAAAGCUCCUAGUGCUACGGCCUGUCCAUCUCGGACGGAACGUAGCGACAAGUACAGCAGCAUUUCAUCGGUGGGUGGUGAUUGGCCAUGCCCCUUAUAUUCAGUUAAACCUCUUUAAGACUAAUUUUGGCUUUAAAGAGUUGUUUCCAUUAAACAUGUGGGUCUCUUAAGUUUUUGAAGUGUCCUCAGACUGGUUACACCAGGUUGCAUCUUGACUACAUGUAAAAGUACAGCUUUGUCUUUAUAUCAUCAAACGAGUGUGUGAUGGUGUGUUUUUCUUUUGGCAUCAUUAGGAAAGCAAAACAAGUUUGUGUAAAACUGGUAAUUACAGAGUAAAUGUCUGUACCUUGUAUUUAUUAAUUUGCUAUUUAUUAAUAGUCCUGUCUGUGGCACUUUGAGCUUUAUUGAAACCCUUAAUGAGGUUUCUCUGCAGGCAAGAUUAAAGUCAUUUUGCUCUAACUUCUAUCAGUAGUGCUUUUGUCAACCCACAAGGAAGUUUUUCUUGGUUCCCUUUUUAAGAAAGCUGGUAGCUGGGGGGAGAUGAGUGCGAUACCAAACCGCCUCAGCCUUCAUUAACCCUCAACUUGUUUGUGCCUCUGGACUGAAAUGUGGUUUGCAAACAUCUUUAAAUAUAGAGAGAGAUGUGUGCAGUUUGCCGCCCAUCUUAAAUACUCAUAACGCUCUCAAUGUAGGGUGGAUUAAACUGAGAUUAGUGUCAAAGUGCAGUUUUUGAUGUUUUACAAUUCCUGGCAAAAAAAAAAAGAAGCUCUUGAUGGAUGUUCAGUUUCAUUUUGUGGGAAUAUUAAAAACCUGAAGAAUUUUACUACAAAGACAAAAUAUUUACCAUUUAUAAAAAAAAAUCUAUAUAUACAUAUAUAUCCCCCAAAAAGUUUAAUUAUUUUAUGGACCAUGCCAACACACACGAAGUGUACUAAAAAAAUAUGUGUGUGUGUGUGUGUGUUUAUAUAUGUGUGUCAGUAUAUAAAAUCUAGUCCUCUGGCUUCCAUUAUAUACCUGUAGGUUUCUGUCUUUAUCCGUCACGCAUUGUUCGACCUUACUCAAACUUUUAGAUAAGGCUCACAGGGAGUUGUCUUUGGGCUAUCAUUGUGCUGAAUUAGCCCCCCGGAAGAAGUUUUACACAGUUUAAAAUGACCCCAUGUUUCUUGUCUGUCAGCAAUGUUUUAUUCAGCCCUGGAAGCACAUUCAUUCAGAUCCAGAAUAAUCUUCAUGUGUAGACUUAUGCAGGCCUUACCCCUAAAAAUCCUCGUUAAAAUGGACAAUUUUAUUGAGUAUACUUUAUUAAAGAUGCAUUAUAAAUGCUUCUUUUUUGGGGGAUAUGUCUUGCAAGGUCACAAAUUUAAUCUUUGCUCUUUAAAAAAAAAAAAAAAGUUUAUUAAACAUAUGUGUCUAGAUGUGUAUAUAUGUACACAUACGUGUGUGUGUAUAUAUAUAAUUCCCCACAAAGUAAAAUAGCUGAGCAUUCUUCAACAGUAAUAGUUGCUAGGAGUUGUUAUUGACAUGCUUAGUUUAUAUGCCUUAUGAAAGUUGUGCAGACGUGCUUGAAAAAUAUAAGAUAAAGAACUAAAACGGGGCCUAAAUCGUUUCUCAGUUGUGUGCUUUCUAUAAGCUUUUAAGGAACACUUGAAAUCCUGGUAAAUCCUGUCGAUAAAGGAAAAACAACAAAUCCUUUGGGUUUGAGUAAAAAGUAUGAGUUACUGCCAUUGAACUCUUCAAGAGCCAAACAAAGACUUUAAUCCAAAACAAGACUAAAAACUUGUUUUAUUAAAGAUACAGAUGUGAUGUUUGUCACUUCUUUUACUGAUCAGCACUUUUCUAUGGUGUUGAAAACGGCACCCCUAUUUCAAAAGAAUGUUUUUGUAUGUAUUGUAUGUACUAUAAAUAAACCAAAUUUGUAUUGAAUAAAGUAUGUUUUGCCCUUUU